AUGGCUGGGGCGGCAGCGACGAAGGACAUGAAGUCGUACGGCUCCGCGCCCGGAAAGUGGUCCGCAUUCGCACGCGAGUUGCUUGCUACGCGCAAGAGGCCACUUCUGGGUUCCGUGGACCCUUCAAAGUUCGAGGAGAAAGCGAGAGAGAAGCUGAAGGACUAUCCAGACUCAUUCAACUUCGUCUUCGGAUACGCGGGGACGGGCGAGACCUACCGCGCGAACCGAAACGAGUUCGCGCGCUGGCAGAUCGUGCCGCGCAUGCUCCGUGAUGUCACCCACCGCGACCUCAGUACAACACUCUUUGGCGUCACCUAUGCCACACCUUUGCUCAUCGCCCCCAUCGGAUGUCAAACCGUGAUGCAUGCCGAUGCCGAGUGCGCGACAGCGCGUGCCGCGGGUGCGCUCGGGAUUCCCCUCGUCCUCAGCGGCGCUGCCUCGCGUUCGCUCGAGCAGGUCGCGGAAGCCAAUGGCCCUGGUUCCCAUCGAUGGUUCCAGCUCUACUGGCCGCUCAACGAAGACAUUACACUCUCCCUCCUGUCCCGUACGAAACAGUCGGGGUACAGCGCGCUCGUCAUCACCGUCGACACCAUGGCCAUCGGAUGGCGCUACCUCGACCUCGACUCCGGCUACCUCCCCUUCGCGCACGGACUCGGGAUCCAGAUCGCGCUCUCGGAUCCCAAGUUCAUGGAGCUCCACGGUGCCGGUGCUGCACCACACACCGACGAGAGCGAGAUUUUGCCGUUCCCGUACGACCCCGCCGAGAUCGACAAGCUCGUCGCGUCUGGCGACGCGCACAUCAAGGAGAUGAUGCGGCUCGCGGCGGCAUGGGGGAGCGAGGCGGUGAACGGGACGUUCAGGACCUGGCAGGACGUGCGCUUCCUGCGCAAGCACUGGGAGGGGCCGCUGGUGGUGAAGGGGAUCCUGAGUCCCGAGGACGCGGAGAUCGCGAUCGACGAGGGCAUUGACGGCAUCAUUGUCUCGAACCACGGCGGCCGUCAGAUCGACGGCUCGAUCUCCUCCCUCUACGCGCUCGAGCGCAUCAUGCAGUCGCCCAUAGUCAAGUCCGCGCAGGCGUCGAACAAGUUCGCCGUCCUCAUGGACGGCGGCAUCCGCUCCGGCGCAGACAUGCUCCGCGCGAUCGCGCUCGGCGCGCAGGCCGUCUUGCUUGGUCGGACGUACGCGUACGGGCUCGCGAUCGCCGGGCAGGAGGGUGUUGAGGCAGUGAUCAAGACGAUCCUCGCCGAGUUCGAGCUCUCGCUCGGGCUCGCGGGGCACAAGUCUGUCGCGGACAUCUGCGGGAAGGCGGGCGAGGUGACGAUCAAGGUUGGUUAG